CUCCUCACUAGAUUGUUCCUGCACUGAGCAAUUACCAUCUUCAGUGAAUAUUUUUAUAAUUUGUCAGCAGAUAAUCGAUGUCUGGGGCUCAAAAAGCAAUAACAGUAGGCUAUGCAAAUCAGGAAGCCAAAUUAACGGCUCUUUCACAGUUGCAAUUCGGUUCCCGACGGUCACCAAAAAGAGCCGUUCAAAAAGAGUCGUUCGUUCGCGAAUGACCUCCCACUACAACAAAGCAAGAUGGCUGAAGUUGUGGAGCUCCAGAAACUAAAGCUUGCUGAACUGAAGCAUGAGUGUGAGACCAGGGGUCUGGAUGUGAAGGGCAACAAAGUGGAACUGAUCACACGACUACAGGCUUAUCUGGAGGAACAUGAGGAUGACAUGGGCCUAAAUGAAGAUGAUGUUCUGGGAGAAGAGCCAGAGGACCUCACGAAAGAGGAUGCCAUCACUGAGGAUAAUGACAAGAAACCCAUAGUGUCUGAGGAGACGGCUGAAAAGAAAGUGGUAAAAAUCACACCCCCAGCGUCUGUGGAUGAGAGGGUACAGAAAAGAGCAGAACGCUUCAAUGUCCCUGCGUCAGCUGAUGGCAAGAAGGCCAUACGCGCUGCCCGGUUUGGUUUGCCUGCUGCUGCACCUCCAACUUCCACCCCAGUGUUUCUCUCUAUCAAAGGUGUUACUGUGAAUAAAUCCAUUGCGGUCAGUGUUGAACAGCUAAAAAAGCGAGCAGAGCGAUUUGGCGGGAACGUUUCUUCAGUUUCCAAGAAGGUUGAGGAAGAUGAAAAGCUGAAGAAGCGGAAAGAAAGAUUUGGGAUACUCGCUGCUGUUACACCUGACGUUGAGGCAAAGAAACGGAAGCGUUCUGAAAGAUUUGGAAAUGUGACUGUGUAAAUUGUGGUAUUUACAGAUGUUUUAUGUUUUUUUUAUUUUGUUGCAAACAGAACUGAAAUGUACUGUAUAUAGCUUGUCAAUUAUCAGUUGCAUUACAUUUAGUCAUUAAAGUCGUUUUCAAUUA